AUGAACAAUUACCACAUCCACGAGAUCAUCGGGCGGGGGCGGCAGAGCAAGGUGUACAAGGCGCGGCUGAAGCAGAGCCUGGAGUAUGUGGUGGUGAAGGCGUGCAGCAAGGACCUGAAGCCGCGGGUGCUGCAGGAGGUGGGUGCCGGCAGCGGCGGCGGCGGCGGCGGCGGCGGCAUGCGUGGGGCAGCCUCAGCGCCCACCCCUGUCCGGCCCGUGGUGGAGUCGCUGCAGAGCAGCAGCCUGGGGGUCAAGGUGCUGAACAGCCUGGCCCACCCCAACCUGCUGCGCUUCCACACGUGGUACGAGACCCAGAACCACCUGUGGGUGAUACUGGAGUACUGCGUGGGCGGCGACCUGCUGUCUCUGCUGCGCUCAGACGGCCGCCUGCCAGAGGCAUCAGUGCUGCGCCUGGGUCGCGACCUGUCGGCGGCGCUGCAGCACCUGCACACCCGCGGCAUCCUGCACUGCGACCUCAAGCCCUCCAACAUCCUGUUGGACGAGAACGGGCGGGUGCGGCUGGGGGGGCUGGGCAUCUCGCGGCGAUCCGAGGUGGUGCAGCGCCAGCUGGCCACGCUGCCCAACGGGCUUCGCGAGAUGCAGCAGGGCUCGCCUUACUACCUGGCCCCCGAGGCGGUACGCACCCCUGGCUUCUACACCACAGCCUCCGACCUGUGGGCCCUCGGUUGCAUCCUGUACGAGUGCGCCAGCGGGCGGCCGCCCUUUGCCGCCGCCACCACCCAGCAGCUGAACGCGCUCAUACUGGGCCACCACCCGCAGCUGCCCACGGGCCUCAGCCCGGAGCUGGAGGGCCUGAUCGAGCGGCUGCUGGACAAGGACCCGCUGUCCCGCUGCACGUGGCCAGAGCUGUGCGGUCACCCGUUCUGGGGUGCAUCGCCGCCGUCCCUGCAGCCCCUGCCCGACGAUCCCGUCCUCCUCAAGCUGCUGGAAGAGAGGGGCGGCGGCGGUGACCUUGGCGGCGGCGGCGGCGGCGGCCGCCGCGGCGCGCUGGCCGCCCGCCACCGCGCCAGCGGCAGCGGCAGCAGCCUGGGCGGGGAGGGCGAGUUUGCGGCAAACGGGGUCGGGACGGGCGGCGCCCAGGACACAGCGCACUCCAACGGCGGCAGCGGCGGCAGCGGCAGGCUGGGCAGCGCUUCUGGCAGCGCCAGCGCCAGCGCCAGCGCCAGCGGGGAGUACCGCGGCGGUGCCACCCAACCACCCAACCACACACCCCCACGGUAUCCCGAGGUACAGGUAUCCCUGCUGGACCUGGGAGGCAAGGACCCAGCCCUGCGCCUGCGCGCCGCCAACCUGCUGGGCCUGCUGGUGCGACACGCGUCCAGCGUCAACGCGGGGCUGGCGGAGGCAGGCGCGUGCCGGGCCCUGGCCGCCGCCGUGCGCCAGAUGGAGGACGCGGGACUGCAGCGGCGGGCCGCCGCCGCGCUGGGGGAGCUCCUCUUUUACGCAGACAGCCAGCACAGGGACGCGGCAGGGGGCUGCUCUGGCGCCUCUGGCGGCCCUGGGACGCCAGCCCAGGGUCUGCCCCCCUGGGACCUCACAACAGAUGCCGUGCAGCGGCUGGCGGGGCUGCUGCAGGCGGGGCAGGACGAGGUGGCGCAGCACUACGCCGCCAAGGCGCUGGAAAACGUGUUUGGGCUGGGUGGCCCCUGGGCACAGCAGCUGGCGAGCGCGGAGACGGCGGGGCGCCUGGCGCAGCUCGUGGACAGCAAGCUGCCAGAUGUACUGCGCGGUACCGCCGCCUCGGCCCUCUGCCGCCUGCUGCGCUGCCAGCCGGGCUGCCUGGCGUCGUUUGUGGAGGCGGGGGGAUUGGACCUGGUGGCUGCGGGCCUGGCCGACGGCAGCCCGCGCGUGCAGCAGGCGUGUGUGACCAUCCUGGCGCAGCUGCUUUGCUCGCGCCAGCUGGCGGCGGGCGUGGGGGAGCUGUGCCUGGGGGAUGAGGCUGUGCUGGAGGGGCUGAAUGGCCUGCUGGACAAUGCGGCCGAGAUGCUGCAAGCCAAGGCGCUGGUGGCGCUGGGCCUGCUGUGCCGCAGCCCCGCGGGCCUCGUCGCCGUCGUCUCCUGGCACGGCCUGCUGCCCCAGAUCGAGCGGCUGUGCUCUAAAGAGCGCCAGGGCUCCGCAGCAGGCAGCUCGGAGCAGUACAUGGCGGCCGCGGUGGCCGGCUUCCUGCAGCAGCUGUCGGGCAACGCGGUGCCGCUGCUGCGGCAGGCCGCGGCCGCGGCCCGCGCCGCGACCGCCAGCGCUGGCGCCGCCGGCGGCGGCGGCAGCGGCGGCGCCGGCAGCGGCGGCGGCGUGCUGCAGCCUCUGGAGGCCCUGCAGCAGCUGCUGUCGUCUGUGGCCUUCCGCCAGGUGGUGGUGUGCGACGGGCUCAUCACGGGUCUGGCAGACCUGCUGACCCGAGAGCUGAGCAGCAGCGGCAGCAGCGCCGCCUCCGCGCUGCAUCAGGAGCUCAAGGCGAGCGCGGCCAAGGCACCGGUCUCUCCCUCUGCCCACGGGUUGAACGCCAUCGACGCCAUCUGCUCCCACCCGGAGCUCCUGAUCGACCACUAUGCCACAGUGCUGAGCCACCUGCUGCCCGCCCUGUCCGCGGCAGUCGCCAGCCAGCGAGAGACGCCUGACACCCGCUUCUGCUGCCUCAAGCUGCUGUGUGACGUCUUUGUGAACGAGCCCCGCCUCUACAUCAGCGCAACCGAGUCGGAGCACACCACCGCAGACUCGGGGAUUGCCAACCAGCUGAUCGACGCCGCGGUGGCGCAGUAUGUGCUGCCGCUCAUGCCCGCUCUGUUUGCCGACGAGGACCCCAUGCCCCUGUGA